GCGAACGUCGUCUGCAGGUCCUCGAAGACAGAACGAGGACGAUAAUACGGAAGAUUGUCAGGGCAGUGGCGCGAAUACCUCGCCACCCCUCUUCCGCUGAUCGAGGAAGUAGAUGGAGAAGAGUGGGGUAUCCUUACAGGCUUAGAGGAUUCCCGGUAUCAUCCAGAUAUGCCAGAGGAUCGGUUGUGGUGGACGCUAACAACUGCCGCUUCGACCAUCUGGUUGUUGGUGUCGCAAAAAUGAGCUUGGCCCUUCAACGACGAUUCCAAUGUGGCGUUGCCGUUUUGAUCCAGACACAACCUUCACGCGGACCUCAAGAGCGUCGCGGACUUCGAGAGUUUGUUCCGAGACUAGCAGAGCGUCUACCGCCUGGUCUUUCGGAGUUGACCCUCUUACACUGCAGAUCUCAAUUUUUUCAAACCGGGUUGACGGAAACAGGAAACUGAUCUCCGACUUUGUGGGAUUCUUGCGCUUUGUUCGAAAUGGCAUUACUCAUUUGCGAGAGAGGAACGAGUGCUGGCUUGAGGACGAGGAGUGGGCUUCGGGGAAGCAGUCAAACCAGUACGACAGUGGACAAGCCGCGCAUGGCUACGACGCUUCGGGUUGGUGGAGUAGCAGCGAUUAUAUUAUCAAAACCACACUCAAAAUCUGGGGAAAUAUGAAAACUAGCACUAUUUCUUAGCGCUCGAUGCACGUUCCACGAAGAGUUAUUCCUUUGAAGACGACGAUGAAGAAUGGUGGGAUGAUGAUUGGACUGAAAGUAGUGCUCGAAUCAAGGAACCCGUUUGAUGCCACAAUUAGUAACUGGGAUCUACCAGGUUCGCCCUCUACUGGUGAUGUUGACAAGACGGGCUUCGAUUUCCAUCUCCAACGUGCUGCUGUGCCACAGCAGCACGUUUUGCAUCCUUUUCACGACAAUAAAGCCAGCAUGGCACGCGGCAUCCCGUUAGCUGCUAUGUCACAGCGAAACACUUGUUCUAUGUUCGUGCAAAAUCACAACGAUAAUAGUGCGAUGUUGAUGAAUACGGGUCCGGCUGCGGGUCCGGGUGCUCCUAACAUGCCGUUAGGUGCCUCUAACAUGCCAUUAGGUGGAGCAGGACCUCUUAAUCCUUUACAACCUCUACAACAACACGGCAACAUCAACUUCUACAAUACCAAUGCUUCUCCCAUCCUUCCUCCCGGUCCUGCUUACUGGCCACAGAAAGGGGCGCCGCCCGCAAAUACUGGAGGGUGGCAUCAGCAGAGUGUCUCGAAUGUGAGCACGUACAAUUAUCAGGGAUCAACAUAUCAGAGUGCGAAGAACCACAACAGGAACAACACAAAUGAUUAUUCUCAAUCAGUCAGAGGAAGCGACCGCGCCGGUGGUCAGGGCCUGCCAUUUAUAGGAGGUGCACCGCCACAGGCCCCUGGCGCCGAGAACAAUUCGCUCACGAGGAAAAACGCCGCGAUCCAUAGCAACAUGAACGAUCCUACGAAGACAAGCAAGAACGUUAGUCACGCCGAUUACAUCUUGUGGAAACACGGCUACACUUCACAUAGUAAGCAUGAUCAGAAGCUCCUGUACGAGGAGACGACGAAGAAGGACUACGAGGAGACGACGAAGAAGGACUACGAGGAGACGACGAAGAAGGACGACGGAAUCAACAACUACGACCCACCUCGUCGACAGUAUGACACAGCGAGGACGAAGGACAACAACAAUAACAACAAGAGCUACAACAAUCUGGCCAGGUUUAAACACCAGUAUGCUGACAAGCAUCUUCAGUAUGACAAUAUUACGAAAAAAAAGGAACAAGAUCAGGGGUACCUCAGUCGUCCAAAGGACGACUACCGCAGUCGUCCGAAGGAGGAUCGCUUUACUCGCCGCUCUAGAUCUCGUUCGAAACGACGCAUGUCAAAACGACGAUCUCGAGAACGCAAUGCCGACCGCUACAGCAGCAAUGCCGAUCGCUACAACAAACGUGACUACAACACUGAGGCAACAGGAUACAAUGCCGAGGGAGCGAGAGGAUACAACACCGAGACACGAGGAUACAACGCCGAGGCAAGAGGAACCUACAUUAAGGGGGAUGCCGAAUGCAUCAUUUCCAAAUGAGUCCUCUGGGGAAGAGAGAACAAAACUACUUUUUCUUUGAAAUCAUGAUUUUCUUGCGAUUGUACAGUUGUUAAGCUUAUUCUUCUUAGACGUAAAUGCGUAUCUCUCUCUCCCGCUAGUGUUAGCAGAUAGGAGGAAGCUUGACGAUAGUUACCCUUUUUCUCUUUUCUAUCUUCCUCUGGUCUUUCUUUUUAGGUCGGCUCCACCACGACUAUUAGGCUCGUCGCACAUACGAGGGGGAGCACGAAUUUCAGGCAGAUGUCUCUCUUUCAGAGUUCUAAUGAUUGAGGAAGCAAUCGCGGAGGAACUGGUCGCCGGGACAGCAGAGGACGUAGAGGAACUUCUAGGGAGCAACAUUACGACGUCGACUCGAAGAAAUACCAUCAUCAAUCUAGUAGUUACGACGACGACUCGAAGAAAUACCAUCGGUCGGGAGGCUUUUCCUCAUCUACUUCUGCAUGGGGUGGGGGUGUAG